AUGAAGCUCCUCCUACUCGUCGCUGCCUUCUUUGCCGUCUCCCUCGCCGUGGCAUUGCCCGAGCAGCCGAAAGAGAGAGGGGUCUUCUGCCCGGUUUGCCAGGCCUUCGUAAAGCAAGUGGAGACCGAUAUCGAGAACGGAGAACAAGCCGACGAGGAUAAAUUGAACGCCUGGUGCGAGAAGGAGUUCGGCACCGGGGUGAUGGGAAAAGUGUGCAAGGGAUUCGUCGAUUCCGAAUUGGAAAAGGUUGUUGACAAGCUGAAGAACGACCCGGGAGCCACGCCCGAAUCUGUUUGCAAGGAUAUCGAUUUGUGC